CUGCGCAUCCACUAAAGCGCCACCGACAUAGGCUACCAUGCGAAAGAAGGCGCUUUAUAUGAGAGUGAAUAACACAGAUAGCCAACAACAUUUUAAAAGGUAUUUUUCUAAACGGUAUGAAUAGUUUUGUAUUACCUACUAACUGAAUGUUGGCUCUGCCCUAUUUUGUGUAAACGUACUUCCUGACUAUAAGGUAUAGAGAUAGGCAACGUCCGCCCAGCAUCAUGGUGGCUGGCGAGUUAGUACAGGAGCAUUUGCGGCUUGACAACGCAUCGGAAAUAAACAUCAAGACGCCGGUGCAUAACGGAGCAGUCCCAACCGGGGAUCAGUACUUCGACCUAACGAAUGGAGCGGCACAUCUGACAGAACUGGACUCGAAGGCGUUGGAACAGGAGAUACCGCCAGAUGAGAAACAGGCUAUGCUUCCUGGAGAUGAAAAAUGUAUCGAAACUAAGCUCUUUUGGAGAAGAUUCGCCGUUUUAGCUGUGUUCAGCCUCUACUCCCUCGUCAACGCAUUUCAAUGGAUCCAGUACAGCAUCAUCACCAACAUUUUCGCCCACUUCUACAAUGUAUCCAGCGACAAGAUCGAUUGGCUGUCAAUUGUAUACAUGGUUGCGUAUGUGCCUUUGAUCUUCCCCGCAACAUGGUUACUGGAUAAAAAAGGACUGAAAUUGACAGCCCUUAUGGGCGCGGGUUUCAACUGCGUCGGUGCGUGGGUGAAAUGCGCCAGCGUCCGGACCGAUCUUUUCGGUGUAACAGUGUUUGCACAGAUAAUAUGUUCCGUAGCCCAAGUCUUCAUCCUCGGGCUGCCCUCUAGGAUUGCAUCAGUGUGGUUUGGCCCGAAGGAGGUGUCUACCGCAUGUGCAACAGCCGUGCUAGGUAACCAGCUGGGCACUGCUAUUGGCUUCCUGCUUCCCCCUGUCCUGGUCCCCAACACUGUGGAAGACAUAGAGCUGAUGGGACACAACAUCAGCAUUAUGUUUUAUGGGACGGCUGUAGUCUCCACUGCUCUGUUCAUCUUGACUGUAAUUGUCAUGGAAGACAGACCCCCACUACCUCCCAGCCAAGCUCAGGCUGUCCUACCUGACUGUGCUCCUGAAGACUACUCCUACAGACAGUCCAUCAUCAACCUGUUCAAGAACAAACCUUUCAUCCUACUCCUCAUCAGUUAUGGUAUCAUGACUGGUUCUUUCUACUCUGUGUCAACACUUCUCAAUCAGAUGAUUAUGGCAUUUUACGAGAACCAGGAGCUGAAUGCAGGCAGGAUUGGCCUGACACUGGUGGUGGCUGGAAUGGUGGGCUCCAUCAUCUGUGGACUGUGGCUGGACCACACCAAAACCUACAAAAUGACCACUCUGAUAGUGUACAUCCUGUCUUUCAUUGGUAUGGUGCUGUUCAGCUUCACUCUGAACCUCAACACCAUUUACCUGGUGUUCUUCACUGCUGGGGUGCUGGGGUUCUUCAUGACAGGUUACCUUCCGCUUGGCUUUGAGUUUGGGGUUGAAAUUACAUAUCCUGAAUCGGAAGGGACAUCCUCUGGUCUCCUUAAUGCUUUUGCACAGAUCUUUGGGAUUAUUUUUACUUUGAUCCAGGGGAAACUGACAACAGACUAUAACCCCCUGGCUGGGAACCUGUUCAUCUGUGUCUGGAUCUUCCUGGGUAUCUUUCUCACAGCCUUAAUAAAAUCAGAACUGAAAAGGAACAAUGUCAACAUGGGCAUUGACAGCAAAACUCUUCAAGCAGUCACUACUAAGUGCCUAUCAGACAAGCCAACCAAUGGCGCCAAGAUGGACACAUCUGUCAGCUUUUCCCAGGAGACCUCACUGUAACCCAAAUAGGUCGCUUAACAAUCUACGGAACAUUUUGGAGGCCUACAGCGCAUUCAACAAAGUUUCCUGAGGUUACUUGAAAUCUCCAUUUUCUCUGGAUUGUAUCUUGUAAUGUGUUAUUAUGAUAAUCUUUUUACUGUAGUGGUUUUAGCUGAGCCAUGAUUUGUUUACAGACAGGUAAACUAUAAGCACUCAAAUACACCUUUCAGACUUCCCAUAGUCCCCCUGCUUCUUCUGCUUGAUGAUCCACUACUGUCUCUACAAUCACCAUCAUCUCUGGUUCAUGAAGUGGUGCUUAUUUAAACCUAUUUAAGGCAUAAUACAGAACCACACUGGAGCAUAGAAUGUAGGAUCUCUGACCUGCCUUGGCCUGUGAGGAUGAUCAUUGUUACUUCUUGUCUUGAGAUUUAAGCCAUUCAUACAAAUAUGGACCAAAUAUGAMACACAAGGUGCACAAGGCAUAUGGCAAAUGUGCAACAUGCACAGUCUACUUUUCAGUAUAUUACUAACAUGAAUGCUUUUGAAAGUGUUAAAACAUUGAUACGUUUGUUGAAUACAUGGCACAGAUAAUUGUUCUGCCGAGAUAGGUAGCUAAUGGUAUAGCAGCGCCACCUAGAGGGAUUUUGUGGAAAUACUAAGAAUGCUGUGUGGAUGAUGAAGCACAAACAGGAGUCAUAAUGACUGCAGCAUCACAAUUCAAACAUCUCCAAACCUUCAUAGGAGCUUAUAUAGCUCACUCUGUGUCUUUAAAGACUAUGCACAGUAGCCAUCUCCCAGAACAUUUCUAAACCACUCUAUUGGCUCUUGUAUUUUCUUUGUUUUAACAGGAAUAAAUCCUCUCAUCCAAUCAUUAAUCAGAAGAUCCAAUCCAUAUGCCUUUAUAUGUCAUCCUGCUUCCUGCAGGAUAUGUGCUUAUAAUUAUUCAUAUUUGGGUGUCAGAGCGAAUGUUAUUAUUUAGCUACUUAUGACUGUAGAAAAAAUAUUUAUUUGGUUGACAGAUGUUUUCCUUUCUUUUCUAGCAUUUUACUUAGUUCUGAAUAAUGAAGAAGUACCAUUUCUAUAUGGACAUUCAUAACAUUUCAUUGCUUUUUUCUAAUUUUGAUAAUGAACUUAUUACAUGUUUUAUAGCAAUGUAGUUAUGUCUCAAUUAUUUAUUUAUCUUACUUCAAAUUUAUUCCAUUUACCAAGCUCUUGAUAUUUCAAAGACCACUGAAAUUAAUACUUGUAUUAAAUGUAAUCCUUGCAUAGACA